AUGAUCUUACAGCGGUCAAGGUUUCGGAUCUACCAAAUCAUUGGGGUUGUUCUUUUAUUGCAAUACUUUCUGUUUUUCCAUGGAUCUAAUUUCACUUCUUUCAGCCGUUAUUACAGCACAGCAAGCCCGGAUUCAAAGCCAGUCGUGACAGUCACAGCAAGUCUAGUUCAGUAUGUACCGAGUCCGGAGACAAAGAUCCAUGACUUGGAAACCCCGCAGACAGCAAGUGCGGGGGAAAUGAACACACCUACAACGAGCACAGAAGCACCAAAGGCAGACUCAACAAGUUUACCGCCGUGCCCCCCAGGAAUGCAAAACGUAGUAAUAGGCGUUAAAACCGGCGCCUCAGAAGCAGAAUCGAAAAUCCCCGCACUAAUGACCACCUCACUGCGCUGCGCCCAACACGUACUUCUGUUCUCCGACCUCGAGCAAGACAUCGGACCGUACCAUCUCCACGACUCUCUAGAUGCCGUCUCGCCGUCCAUCAUAGACAAUAACCGGGACUUCGACCUAUAUUUCAAGCAGAAGGAACUCUGGGAGACGAAGAAAGACAUCAGCGAGCUGGAGGGGAUCAAACACCCCGAGGACCCCGGCAUACUCGCUGCGUGGACGCUGGAUAAAUAUAAGUUCGUGCACAUGCUCGAGAAGAUGUGGGUGAUGAAGCCGGAUAUGGAUUGGUAUGUGCAGAUUGAUGGGGACACAUACGUGGUGAUGGAGAAUCUGCUCUUAUGGUUGGAAACCCUGGACCCGACGAAGAAGUCUUACAUUGGCAGCGAGGUUUUAAUUGCGGAUUAUUCGUUUGCACAUGGCGGGUCAGGUGCGCUGAUAUCAAAUGCUCUGAUGUCCGAGCUCGCACAUACGAAUGGCACGGCUGCGCGCUGGGAUGUUAGGGCAAAGAAGGAGUGUUGUGGUGAUCUUAUACUUAGUUUCGCGUUGGGAGACUUUGGGACUGGAAUUCAGAAUGUUAUGCCGGUCAUUAAUGGGGAGAGACCUGGGACUGUGCCUUUUGGCCCGCCGAAUGACUACUGGUGUAAGCCGGCAGUGACGUUUCAUCAUGUUACAGCAGAAGAUACUGCGUUUCUUGCUGAUAUCGAAAUGAAGCGUCGGCGACUGAAUAAACCAGGCCCUUUGACGUACACGGAGCUCUUUUACGACCACGUAAUUCCUUCACUACCCCCAUAUCGGGACAACUGGGACAACCAGGCGCUGGACCAGUGGAUUGGUGGCAGGGAGGUGAACGCUGACUCGUUCGACGAGUGCGCACAGCUCUGCUAUGCCGAUGAAGAAUGUCUGCAAUACACGCACCACGGUAAUAUGUGCAGAAUCGCAAAGUUUGUCCGGUUCGGCAUCGAGAGGAAAGCUGAUGAGGGCGGAAUGUGGAGAAGCGGAUGGCACAGGGAUAGGCUUGCCGAUUGGGCCUCGAGACAACCAGAUUGUGGCCAGGUCGCAUUUCCAGAGCAGAGAUACAUCGCCUACCCUGAGAAAGUCGAUCCUUGA